AUGAUAGCCACAUUCUCCGACUUCCUUACUGUCCUCGACCAGAUGGCCUUGGUGCCUGCCGAGUUGCAAGCCAGCCUAGACUCGUCUGCUCUAACUCCGAGUCAGGCCGAAGUGCUGCGUCAGAUCGCAACUCAUUUCCUUGAACCAGAAGGUCUGCCCCAAUCUGGGUCUUCUGUUCGACCAGUACCAGCAUCGCUUGAUCCCUGGAGAACUUUUCAUCGCUGCAACCACCUCGUGCUCGAUCCCGUGUACCAUAAGAUUCUAAUCUCGGGCCCGCAACAUUUUGUCGAUUCUUAUCGAGAUGCGACAGUCUACGACGGCGUUAUGUUAGCAUCCAGAGCUGCAGAGCAUCAGUCUGUGAAACGACUACGCGAGCUCUUGAUUUCGCUAGCGUUAUUCGACAUUGGCAGAGAUCGCUUCUCACGUUUCUCUGGGAAUAAAUUGUCAGAUCGUAUGAAGGACGAACUUCAGUCGCUAUUUCCUGAGGGAGAUGUGAUCGAGCAGUACAAGGCAGGCAAAAAUCUGACCCACCUCUGCGAAAAGUUUGGCCUGGGUUGCGUAUUGUACCUGGCCAACCUCCUCUCCAAGGACUUCUUGUGCAAGAAAUUUACUGCCAGUGGACGAUACCACGAUGGCGCCAUCGAUCACCUCAACACAUUACACUUACAACAGGUAGCCAGAGAGAGCGGAGCCAACGACUUCGUCGAGAAGGCUAAGGCUCUGUCGUUGAUGUACCUGAAGAUGAGGACGAGCCAGUGUUGA